CGCGUCGCUCUCUUCCAUCAACAAUAUUGGCAUCACUGUCGGCUUAAUGCAACAACCUCAGAGUUGGUCUCUGAUACACAAAACAUCGGGGAUGCUUCCUCUGCAACACCAACACUAUUACGAUGAUUUUGCCAGGUCUGAGGACUGAAUUUGAUUCUUCUCCAUCUCUACCGGGACGCAUCAACGACCGUGCUCGCACCUUUGCAAAUCAUGCACCAGCUAGUUAUGCGUUUCACUCAGGUGCUGCACAACCUUACCGGGAAGACUAUGGAAGCGUUACUCCCGAAUACACCCCAAGCCCUGCAAAUUAUACUGGCGUGCAGGCCCAGAUCCAGGCCCAUCAUGAUGUUCCACAGAGAAAUUACCACCCGCAUCAGUACUCUGGAGAAAACUACUUUAAAGACUCGAAUAAAACUAAAGAUAGUUUCGGGUCUAAUUACGACACCGUGUAUAAUCACAGGCCUGAUGGUCAUACGCAACAGAAGUCCCAACCAGUGCGAUUGCGCCCUGUUUCCGAACUUCCGGAUAUUUUUCGCAGCAUGUUCAAGUUUGGUGUUUUCAACGUUGUCCAGUCAAUCUGUUUUGACGCAGUACUCCACUCGAAUGAGAAUAUGGUUAUCAGCGCGCCCACUGGAAGUGGCAAGACCGUUCUUUUUGAGUUGAGCAUUAUCCGCAUGGUCACCGACCCUUCAGGCGCAAACCAAGCCGCUAAAUGUGUCUAUGUCGCUCCAACUAAGGCCCUCUGUACGGAAAAAUACAGGGAAUGGACCACCAAAUUUGGCAGUCUUGGGAUACCCAGUUGUGAGCUCACCGGUGACACCGUAGUCUUCGGCAAGGGCGUGUGGGGUGACGCUAAGAACGCUAGAAUCAUUGUUACUACGGCCGAGAAGUGGGACAGUCUCACUAGGAAUUGGGAUGACCACAGUCGUAUAUUAUCUCAGAUCAAACUUUUUCUUGUGGACGAGGUUCAUAUCCUCAACGAAUCUCGCGGCAGCACCCUAGAAGUCGUUGUCUCUCGCAUGAAGGCAAGAGGAUCCAAUGUUAGAUUCCUUCUCGUUUCAGCAACAGUCCCGAACAUCGAAGAUGUUGCAAGCUGGAUUGGGAGCAAUCAUGCGUCUAGCGAUCAUCCCGGUCAAAUAUUCCAGUUUGGCGACGAAUAUCGACCCUGUAGACUCACUCGGUUUGUUUAUGGUGUGGUCAAGCCGAAAGGUCAGAAUGACUUUGCAUAUGCGCAUACUCUUGAUACUCGCCUAUUCGCCGUUUUACAACAACACGCCGUUGACAAACCAAUCCUCGUAUUCUGUCCGACAAGAAAAGGGACCAUCACAACCGCCAGACAAUUGGCUAAAGAAUAUGAAGAAACAAUGAAGGCGAAUCAGCUGCUCCCAUGGAGCAUGCCUUUGCAAAUGGACCAGACUUUUCAUGACAAAGAUCUCGCCCCUCUGGCUGCUUUGGGAAUCGGCGUGCAUCAUGCUGGACUCACUAUCGGCGACAGGAAGACCAUCGAAGACCUGUAUUUGCGUAAAGUACUACGAGUUCUUCUGGCUACGUCGACUUUAGCGGUCGGAGUCAACUUGCCCGCCCAUCUGGUCGUCAUAAAGGGUGUUAAAUUAUAUCAAAAUGGCGAAUCCAAAGAGUACUCGGAUCUCGACAUUAUGCAGAUGAUGGGACGAGCGGGUCGCCCACAAUUUGACACUGAAGGAGUUGCUAUCAUCUUAUGUGAAACUGAACUCGAGAGAAAAUAUCGCGAUCUUGUUCAAGGUACCACACCUUUGGAGAGUAGUCUGCACACGAAUUUGGCCGAGCACCUAAACUCUGAGAUUGGUUUGGGAACGAUCACCGACGUCAAGACAGCACAGGAGUGGCUUUUCCGCUCGUUCCUGUAUCGCCGAAUGCAAAAGAAUCCACAGCACUAUAAUAUAGGAAAAGAUGACCGCCAGUCUUGGCAGGACAAGAUGGACAGCAUUGUGAUGGACAGCAUCGAGCAGCUACGAGAAACCGGGUUGGUCACCUAUUCGCCGCGCGAUGGAGAGCUGAGUUCUACUGAAUUCGGCGAUAUUAUGAGCAAGUUCUACAUUCGUCGUGGGACGAUGAAGGCAAUUUUGGACCUCUCUCCAACCGCAUCUUUACGCGAUAUUCUUGAGAUGAUAUCCGCUUCGGAAGAAUUGUCCGACCUCAAAUUGCGAAGUGGUGAAAAGCAGGUAUAUGAGAAAAUUAGGCGCCAUAAUGACAUUCGGUUCGCGGUCAAAAAAAUUCAAGGCACCAGUGACAAAGUGUUCUUGCUUAUGCAGGCGGUUUUAGGUGGUUUACCCUUGAAUAAUGCCGAAUACAGGAGCGGAGAGAGUCAACUGUGUCUUGAAGCAUUCUCAGUUUUUCGUCACGUUGGCCGGAUUGCCCUAGCGGUUGCGGAAGUUGCCAUCAUAAAGAAGAACGGAGCGCAAGUGAAGCACGGGCUGGAAUUAGUGCGUUGUCUUAAUGCCAAGGCAUGGGAAGAUAGACCGAUUGUCCUGAGACAACUAGAGUAUAUCGGCGAAAAAUCAAUCAAGAUAUUGGCCGAGAAUCACAUCUCCUCAAUUCCCAAGUUACUAAGUACCAGCCCAUUAAGACUCGAAGAACUCCUGAACCGCAGGUCCCCCUUUGGGUCUGAGGUUUUGUUGGCUGCUAACGAGCUACCGAAAUAUUUCCUCACCUUGACAGAAGUGAAAGUUUCACCUAGCGAUGGGAAAUCUCCAGUAGAUAUCGAACUCUCCAUUGAAUGUGGCCUUCUCUUGGACAAGAGAGCUUCUGCGGGGUCCAAGAAACAGAAGAGGAACGGAUUCGACAUGACAACUCUUCUUACCGUUACUUCCGACUUCGUUUUUAUCGACUUUCGCCGUAUCUCGACGAAGGUGCUGAGGGAAAGGAAAUCCUUCGUAAUAAACGCGCAGCUUACCAGACCAAGUCAGACCAUCAACGUUUCGAUCUCUUCAGACAAUAUCGCUGGGGUUACCGUAACUGAGAGCUUCAAGCCUUCCUUACCCACAAACCGGUACCCAACGCUUAAUACUCGCCCAUUGACUUCUUUGGAAAUGGAUUUGGAAGGGCUUGAAGAUGUUGCCGACUUUUGGGAUAUGGGACCUGAUGACGACGACGAAUUGAAUUUCCCUGUAAAAGAUCUCACUCGACCCCGUAGCCCGCUACAAAGCAGCACAUCAACACAAAAGAAUACCAACCCUUACAAAGAGAAGACAACGAAGGCUCCCCCACGCCCUACAGUGAAGGGAGAUGGUUUGAGGAUGGCCAAUACGCUCGUGCGAGACGACACGCAGCCUAAAAAACGCCCAGACGGGAAAUAUAACUGUAAUCAUACCUGCAAAGAUAAAUCUGCUUGCCGUCACUUUUGUUGCCGUGACGGACUCACAGAACCUUCUCGUGUCCCAAGAAAGAACAACACAAAGCCCGUCCAUUUGCUGAGUUCAAAGAAAACUCACGACUCUGUCGACCUGUCAUCUACUGGAUCCAAAAGUCGUGUCACCGCGCUGCAUGGCGACGUCCCAACCCCCAAGCGACAAAAGACAAACAAAGGCGAUCCAGUUCUUGAGCAGCGUGACUCGCCUCAUACAGGUGCUGAUGUCAAUCGAAGGUUGGGGAUCUCUGAAGGUCGACUGAAACAAGAUCCCCCAGCGCCUUUGUCAAGAAAACGCAAACCAGCCCCAAAUUUUGAUAUCGAGCUUGUCACCUUGAAGUGCUCGCAGUCAUCGCCCUCCUCCAAGGAGAUACUUAGCGACUCCCAAUCAGAUGACGACCUUGCGAAUAUUUCUGAGUUUCUGUGCGAAGGGAAGCAUGUUCGUUUGAAGGACCACUCGAGCUCAGAGGUUGAUGCGCCGGUUCGAGACGACGAUUUUAACGACACCGUGAUGGAUGCUCUCUCCCUGACUCCUUCUCCCACUGGCAAUCGGGCGUGUGACUCUCUAUCUCCCGAUAGCUUGCCCCCUCGGAAGCGUCCGAAGAGCAAUAACGUGUCAGACGGAUCUUACUCGCCAAGGCAGGAAUUAACGAAUGACAGCCGUCAUCACAAACGCUUCAAAUCCGGCCUCAAGCUCUUCGGCUCCCCCUCUGCUCUACCGACUGCAAAGGAGGGCGAUGUUCCUGUUCAGUCCACAAAUCGCCAUUCGCUCUUUCUUGCAGGAUCCUCCGAUGUUGACGUCGAUAUCCAAUCACCGUCCAAGAUCCCCCAGCAACAGCUUUCUGAUGACUUCUUUGAUGAAUCCUAUUUUGACAUCCUGCCGGAGCCUCGACAAGCAGUGGAACCUUCUCUUCGUGAGGAUGGAGAGAAAACUCGGGCACACACUCGGACCACAGGAAUCGCACAUUCUGGCGCGAAACUUCAGGCUACAUCGCAAUGUUUCCAAAGGCUUCCUAGUACAUCUCAGUCACAAUUUGAUGUACAAAGCAGUACUACCAACCAGCCUUGCCCUCCUCCAGUCUUCUACAAACGAACCUCAAACCCCACUGUCGAGAAUCAGCAGACGAACCAAGGAAUGAAAACCGACAACAACGAAGCUGAUGUUGAUGUCCUUGCUGAAUUUGAGAGCUGGUUAGAGAGUGGCGCAGUUGACAUUGUAUAACAAUGAGAUGUUGUAUGCAGUGGGUUGAAAGUUUGUAACAUAUAAGUACUUGUUGUAAGAUUAUUUGUAUGGGGUCAAUUGAGUGGAUGACAAUCAGCGAUCAGCUCCUGGGCCAUGCUUCAACCAACGUCGUUUGCUCGAGGCUCGUCGAAAACCUGCAGGGCGUCCGCAAAUCGUUCAUCCCAUUGCCCAGGCUGACCGGGUUUUACAAUAUCCCAACCAGCCUCAUCGCCACGCCAUCUCAUCUCCUUCUUCAAUCGUUCCGCACGGAGCUCCACUUCUGUUGGCGGGGGAUGACUAUCCUCCUCCUUU